AGCGCGGGUCGCCGCCGCCACCGCUGCUGCUGACUCGGCGCGAUCCGUGCGCCGGCGGCGGGAGGCGAAUUAAACAGCCGAGUGAGUGAGCGAGCGUGUCUCUGUCUGCCUGUCUGACUGAGGAGAAAUUACAGCUCGCUUUCCGACUCAAUGAUUCACACCGUGGGCUUCUGACACUUUUUAAUUUCCUUCCUCCCCACCCCCUCCCCUUGGAUUCGUUCCUCCCCCCCCCCGACAAAAUUUGCUGUUUUUAUUUGAGGAAAAAAAAUUCUUGCCUUAAACAUCGGCUGCCCACCCCGUCCAUUUCGGCCACAGGCCUCGGGCUCGGAUCACCCUAAGGGAAGAUGUCCAGCGACAGGCAGAGGUCUGACGACGAGAGUCCGAGCACAAGCAGUGGGAGCUCGGAUGCCGACCAGCGUGACAACCCGCAAGAAGAGAGGAAAGAGCCAUCCUCUCAGCAACAACCGAAAAAGAAAGACCCUAAGGUAUCCAGCAAAACCACAGCGAAACUCUCCACCAGUGCUAAAAGAAUUCAAAAGGAAUUAGCAGAAAUCACAUUGGAUCCGCCUCCGAACUGCAGUGCUGGUCCAAAAGGCGACAAUAUAUAUGAGUGGCGAUCUACCAUACUAGGUCCUCCUGGUUCAGUUUAUGAGGGAGGUGUUUUUUUUCUGGACAUCACUUUCUCAUCUGAUUAUCCAUUCAAACCACCAAAGGUAACUUUCCGGACCAGAAUCUAUCACUGCAAUAUUAACAGUCAGGGAGUAAUCUGUCUGGACAUCUUGAAAGACAACUGGAGCCCAGCUCUGACCAUUUCAAAGGUUCUACUUUCUAUUUGCUCACUCCUGACAGACUGUAAUCCAGCGGAUCCUUUAGUUGGGAGCAUAGCAACCCAAUAUUUGACCAACAGAGCAGAACAUGACAGGAUAGCCAGACAGUGGACCAAGAGAUAUGCGACAUAAAUUGCAUCACUUCCUGUGUUGUGAAAAGGAGCAGGAGGCAUUAUUUACAAUGUGCAACAAUUCUUUAUAGCCUUUACAAUACGGACUUCUGUGUAUAUGUUAUACUGAUUCUAAUCUCUGCUUUUAUCUUUGAAGAUUGGGAAAGGCCCUAUAAAAGGUAAAAGCUAUUGAAGUAGAUCUUUGUAGCAGUAGAUUAGUUAUGUUAAAUGCCUACUUGCAAGUCUGCUUCUUUGGGAUAUCAAAAUGUAUUUUGUGAUGUAAUAAGGAAAAUGUUCCUCAAGUCAACCAAAUAUUAUGGUGCAUUUUAGCCUAAUCCAUUAUCUGUAUGAAAUCUAUGAUAGCUGUAGAUUAUUAGAAUUUUGGCAUUCGUAUUAAACCCAGUUCCAUUUCUGAUCAUGUGGUACAUGCUGUUGUGAAUCCGUUUUACCUUUUUGUCAAUUUGUAAUGAAGAGAUUUCAUUUAAACCUUUGUAGCUCUAAAUAAUGAGCAUAUGAUGUAUCAUCUCAAAACACAAUAAACUGUUUCCGAGGUUA